AUGCUGCGCCUGAAAGAUAAAAGAAAGCACCAUGACUCCAGGAAGGACCACAACGGAGGGCACCGCAACUCAAGAAAGUACAACCACAGGUACUACCACAGAGACUACAACAACAGAAAGCACCACAACGGGGACCACUACAAUGGAAAGAACUACCACAAUUGGCACUACAAUUCCAGAAAAACCACCACAACAGAAAGUACAACAACUGGCAUCACGACUCCACAAAGUAGUACCACAGAGACCACCACAACAGAAAGUACAUCAACUGGCACCACACCUCCACAAAGUAGUACCACAGAGACCAUAACAACAGAAAGCUCCACAACGGGGACCACAACAAUAGAAAGCACAAGCACUGGCACCACAACUCCGCAAAGUACUACCACAGAGACCACCACAACAGAAAAAAGCACAACCAUUGGUAGCACAACUCCAGAAAGUACUACCACACAGACCACAACAACAGAAGAGACCACAACUGCAGAAAGUACAACCACUGGCACCACAACUGCUGAAAGUACUGAAAGUACAACCACUGGCACCACAACUGCAGAAAGUACUACCACGGAAUCCCAGAUGCUGAAGCAGAUGGCGGAAAAUGAGCUGAAGGUUUAUGAGGAGGAGGUGAGAGAUUGCAGGAGGGCAGCUGGGAAGGUGAAUCGGAGAAAAUCCAAAGAAUCGGGGCAGGAAGUCAACAGUUCAGUUGAGAGGAAGUGA